GAGAGACAAAGUGCAUGUUCAGCUUGAUUUUUGUGCAGCUUGUCGGCAGGAAGGGAAGUUCGGGAGCAGUUUAUUUUGUUUCGGCUGAGACAGAGUUCAUAUAUUGGACAGUUGUCAGCUAUGUCCUCUUCACCUAACCCAACUGAUACCAAGACAGAAUAUCCAAAAAGUGCUGGUUACAAAAGUCCAGGACUGAGAGGAAUCCGAACCACCAAUCUCUUUCGAGCUGUUAAUCCAGAGCUCUUCAUUAAACCUAAUAAACCUGUGAUGGCUUUUGGACUGCUGACCAUAACUCUAUGUGUGAGCUAUAUUGCUUAUUUGAAUGCCACAGCAGAAAACAAGGCAGAUUUGUAUGAAGCAAUUGACAGUGAAGGAACAAGAUACAUGAGACAAAAGACUUCAAAGUGGGAAUGAAAUACCAGAUGAAAACUGACAAGCAAUACUGCUACCAACAAACUUGAAAAGCAUUUGUAUCAAAGUUAGUAAUUAAUGUUAUGUAGUUACAGCAUACAGUUGUGAAUGUAUGAAACACGUCAGCAACUCCAGUUCUAAUAAUAUUGAGUAAAAUUUUUAGUUAAUUUUUUGGUCACUUUAGAUUCCCAAAUAUAUAUUUUUCUUUCCCAAAGAAUGUAUAAAUGUACGAAUAAACCUUCAUGGGAAUUGCGUUCAAACUAUUACAUGGUACAUUAAUAAAUUUGAAUCUCAGAAUAUGACAAAAAUGCUUCCAUUUUAUGCAUGUGACGCCAUUUACCUAAUGUACCCUCUAUAAAGUGUGUGACUUCCUCUUGCUGUCAUCAAAGCAGUAGGGAGUGUCAUUAUUUUAUCGAGAAGCAUUAGGUGUGAAAGAGACAAAAAAUGACUGAGAAUAUGUACCACUCUGGUCAAACAGAUUGAGCAGAUUAUUUCAGUCUGUCAUCACGAAAAGCUCUCCCUAAAAGAAACUUGCUCCUUAUCAGCAGCCUGGUAUUAAUGUAAUUUUUAAACUGCCUCUUAAUUUUAAAUUUUUUUUUUUCAGUGACCUUUGCUUUUCAUCUUCAUUGCAAAAUUUCUUGACACCUAAUAUUUUUCAGUUGUUCAAAUCCAUGUUUAUUGUGUCAAAUGCAUUUGCUGCUAAUAAACACAUUUUGAAAAUAGACCGCGGCUCUGUUAGCAUCUGAAUAGAAAAGAAACAAAGCUGAACACUUCAGUUAGAUGCCCUAAGUUACACCAGGCCAAGUUCUGAACCAACUGAAGAUACCUGUUUCUGGAUAAUUGCAUUCAAGAUCAUGUAAAAUAAAGAUUAUCUUUUGUUUCA